CGUAUUACUUGUUCCCCCCGCUACGCCGACGUACCAGUGGCGACGAGUACCGUCUUAUGCGCGUGUGAAUAAAAAAAAAUAUAUAUUAUAGUUGUGUAAAAAUGUCUAGUAAUUUGGGAAUUUUAACGGUCUGUGACCAUAAUGUGCACCAAUGGAAUACUUACAAAAGUCGACUUCGACAGUGGUAUAUUGCAAAUGACAUAACAAAUACGAACGACGCAGCAGGAACAAAGAGACGAGCCGUGUUGCUAAGCGCACUCACGGAAGGUACCUACAAGUUGGCAGCGGAUUUAGCCCUGCCAAAGGACUUACAAGAGAUACCUUAUGAAGACAUUUUGACACUGCUGGACAAUCACUUCACGCCAAAACGUUUGGGGUUUGGCGAAAGGCACAAUUUUUACGCAGCAACACAACAACCCGGGGAAACGCACACACAGUGGGCAGCCCGACUUCGCGGGCUGACAGCUCAUUGCAGCUUUAACAACGUCGAGGAAGCCUUGCGUGAUCGCUUCAUAAUGGGUAUGGCACCAGGGCUAGAGAAGGAGAAGCUGUAUGCACUAGACAUAACGCAGCUAACGCUGGCCAAAGCUGUGGAGCAAGCGGAGACCGUACGAUGCGCGCGAGCCGGCGCAGCCGCCGCGGCGAACCCAGCGACGAUGCCCGAGCAGCUGUUUAAGAUUGAGAAAAGUGAUAAAAGUAAGGCCAGUGCGGGAAAAGUUAAAUGUGCAGUGUGCGGGUAUAAUAAUCACAAAAGUAAUGAGUGUCGUUUUGCUAAUUACGUUUGUAAGCGGUGUAACACGAAGGGUCACUUGCGUAGGAUGUGUCCUAAUAAGAUAAACUACGUAAAUACGGGUGCCGGAGACGAAAGCGACGAUGACGUGUACGCAAACUAAAACUCAAAAUGAAUCUAAGUGGCAGAAAUUAAAAAAAGGAGAUUUAGUAUUAUAUAAAAAGUAUCAAAAUAAGAAUAGUUACUGUUGGUGUAAGGGAGUGAUUGAAAAACAAAUAGGAAAAGUAAUGUUUAUAAUUAAGGAUAGUGCAACAUUAGCGUGCAUAAAAAAACAUGUAAACCAGGUAGUACGGUACAAAGGGACAGCAAAUAACCGAAAGCAAUGGGACUCAGAGAUAACAGACUAUACAAAACUCUUACCUGAAACAAUACCACGAACGCCGUUGCCGCCGUCUCCGCUGUCGCCGUCAUCACCGCUGCCGCUGGAUUCGUUACCAUCACCGCGGCCACGGGUUUCGCCGUCUCCGUCGUCAACGCCGCCUACACGGGUUUUACCCAAGCCGGACAACUCAAAAAUAAUCACCGGGGAGGAAAACACUGAGAGACCGCGUGCAGAAUUCCAAACGACUAUAGCAGGACAGCAACAAAUAAAUGCUACCGACGAAGAUAUGCGAUUGGACGCCAACGAUGUUCAGCAAACGAGCUCUGAUGAUGAAAUUAACGAAGCUACAGGUGCCGGUAUUUCAGAGAUACCUGAACAAAAUUCAGAGUCUAUUAAGAGGUCACGAAGGAACCGUCCCAUUGUAAAUUAUAAGCAGUACUUUUAGGUGUAGGAUAACAAGGACCAUAAUAGGUACCUGUCACUCUUAUAGUUAAGGUUUAUUAUUGUUAAAUAGGGGUAGGAGAUGUUGGGUAUGUGUGUAUGCACGCCGUCUAUGUGUGCGUGGGCUGCGACCCCGCACUUUUAUAUGAA